AUGUCUUCUACAGUUGCUUCCCAGAUUGAAUCUGCGCUAGGCAACGCAUCAGUGCUAGUGAUCCUAGCCAUUCUGAUCGCUCUUGCAAUUAUCAUAAAAGCUUACUAUAUCAAUUCUUGCUAUGCUCGAUCAAGGCGCAAUGAAUUUGAUUCCCAAGACAAUGAUUUCCCAACUAUGGAAAACAGGGGUUUGGAUAAAGACUCUCUGGACGCUCUGCCUACAGCUGAAUACAAAUCACAGAAUAUGAAUGAAGAUCUCGAAUGUGUAGUGUGUCUCUCUAACUUUGAAGAGAAUGAAAAAAUUAGGGUUUUGCCCAACUGUAAUCACAGCUUUCAUACAGAGUGCAUAAGUAUGUGGUUACAAUCCCACACUAAUUGUCCUAUUUGCAGACAAAGGGUGCCAUCGAAUCGAUCUCCUACAAUAAUGAAUUCAAGUAGAGGGAGAGAAGCCACUUCCUCAAAUAUUGAUGGUACAAGUGUGAGCGUUGUUCGUUUGCAUCUGGUUAGAGGGCAGAGAAGUUCUAGAGCAUUGCAGCCUUCAAACCGAGGAAGUGUAUUAAUGUUAAUGAACGAGGCUUUGAGUCAUCAAGGAAUGUAUGCUGGAAGACCAGUGCUACACACUGCUAUUGACAUUGGACCCUACUAG